UGACGUCUGACGUAAGCGUCUCACGUCAGACCCGCUCAGUCGAGCGUGAGAACGCUUGUGUUGAUUGUCUCGUCCAUUUGGUAACAGACCGGCAGCUAACCUCCAUCCAGCCACAAGAUGUUUCUGUCUGCUGCUAUUCGCUCUGCAGUAUCGCAGACGGCCAGGCAGGUCAGGAGUCUGCAUCGGUCUGCUGCACGCGCUGGAGCUGGUGGCAUCUAUGUGCAUAGAGAUACUCCUGACAACAACGCAGAUAUUCCUUUUGAAUUCACUGAGGAGAACAUAAAGAGGAUUGAGGCGAUCAUUUCAAUGUACCCCACUGGACACAAGCAAGCCGCCACCAUCCCAGUGUUGGAUUUAGCCCAGAGGCAACAUGGAUGGCUCCCCAUCUCCGCCAUGAACAAGGUCGCUGAGGUGCUGGAAGUCGCUCCGAUGAGAGUGUAUGAAGUAGCGACAUUCUACACAAUGUUUCUGCGUCAGCCCGUGGGAAAAUACUUCAUUCAGAUCUGUACGACAACACCCUGCAUGCUCUGCAACUCAGACAGCAUCCUGGAGGCCAUCCAAACCAAACUGGGUAUCAAGGUUGGAGAGACGACUCCAGACAAGAUGUUCACGCUAAUAGAAGUGGAAUGCCUGGGUGCCUGUGUGAAUGCCCCAAUGGUCCAGAUCAAUGACAACUAUUAUGAGGACCUCUUACCGAAGGACAUUGAGGACAUUAUUGAUGAACUUAAAGCAGGCAGAGUCCCACCACCCGGGCCCAGGAACGGCCGUUUCUCCUGUGAGCCUGCAGGUGGACUGACUUCUCUGACAGAGCCUCCUACAGGACCAGGCUUUGGUGUAAGAGCGGACCUGUAGACAUUUUUGGCCACCAUCUGCUUUUAUCAAAGGCAACUUGUCCCUGAAGCUGAUAAUAUGCUUAACUCAAACACGUUGUGUAAAUAAAUUGUUCAUAUACCUGUG